GUUGAGCGGAGCGCCGUUACAUCGCUUUAGACAGUGCUGCCUGUAGCGUGUGCCAGCCGUAAUGGCGUCUGUAGUGAGCGACGCAGCAGAGGCUCUGGAUCUGUGUCCACAGCAUCAUCUGUACCUAAAGCCCAUCUCCAGACUGACCAUCAGCGUGGCUCUGCCGCACCUCAAGCUGCCCGGCAAGUCCAUCUCCAACUGGGAGGUGAUGGAGCGUCUGAAGGCCAUGGUGCAGCCGGAGCAGUUCUCUGCCCUGCGCAUCUCCAAGAGCACCAUGGACUUCAUCCGCUUCGAGGGAGAGGUGGAGACCCGCAGUGCUGUCAAACGCAUCCUCAGCCGGCUCGAGGGAAAGAGCAUCAAGCUCAGCGGAUUCACCGACACGCUCAAGGUGCGGACGGCAGAGAAUAAAGUGGACUUCCCAACACGCCACGACUGGGACUCAUUCUUCCGGGACGCGAAGGACAUGAAUGAGACGGUGCCGGGCGAGCGUCCGGAUACGGUGCGUCUGGAGGGUUUGCCCUGUAAAUGGUUUGCGCAGAAGGAUGGAUCACCGGACAGGCCAUCAGAGGCCGUGCUGAAAACAGUGUUUGAGAAAUUCGGACAGAUCCGGAACGUGGACAUCCCCAUGCUGGACCCGUACCGAGAGGACAUGAGUGGGAACCACUUCAGCACCUUCUCCUUCGGCGGACACCUGAACUUCGAGGCGUUCGUGCAGUACGUGGACCACACCGGCUUCCUGAAGGCCAUGGAGGCGCUGCGGGGCAUGAAGCUGCUGUUCAGGGGGGAUGAUGGGAAGGCGGUGGCCUGCAGCAUAAAGGUGACGUUUGACACGACAAAACACCUGAGCGAAUCAUCCCUGAAGAAGCGACAGCAGGAGCGGCAGAAGCUACAGGAGCUGGAGAAACAACGAGAAGAGCAGAAACGCAGAGAGAAGGAGGACGAAGAGCGACGCAAAGAGGAGGAGAGAAAGCAGCGCGAGCAGGAGGAGCAGGAGAAGGAGCGGCGGCGGGAGGAGAAGCUGCGCAGGAGAGAGCAGAAGCUGAAGGAGAAAGAGGAGAAGAAGAACCAGAAGAAGCUGAAGAAGCAGCAGGAGGAGGAGCAGAAGAAGAUGAAGAAACAGCAGGAGGAAGAGCAGAAGAAGCUGCAGCUGAAGAUCCAGAUGGAGGAGAGGAAACUGCUGCUCGCCCAGAGGAACCUGCAGUCCAUACGGCUACUGGCGGAGCUGCUGAGCAGAGCCAAGCGCGAGCGUGAGCGCGAGCAGCAGGUGGAGUGUGUGCGUCUGCAGCAGCUGCAGCAGCGGCGGCGUGAGCAGGAGCAGGAGCUGCGGCGUGUGGAGCAGGAGAAAAGCAGAGCGCUGGAGCUGCAGCGGAGAGAGAGAGAGCUGCGCCAACGCCUGCUCGACAACCUGCUCAAGAACAACACACACGCACAGAGAGACGAUGACACGCACGCUCUGAAGGAGGAGCAGCAGCAGAGCAAGACACAGCAGAAGAAGACGAGAGCGGAGCGCAGCAGGAGGAGCCGCAGUCGCACACACACACGCAGCCGGCGGCGGCGGCGCAGCACACACAGCCACGGCCAGAGCAGCAGCCGGAGCCGCAGCCGCUCCACCAGCAGAGGCAGACGCAGACACACACACACCACCAGGAAAAACUGACACAAAACACAGAUACAGAGAGAGAGACACACAACAACACACACAUGUACAGAAAGAGACUCACACACAAAUGCAUACAGAAAAAGACACACACAGCACACACAUCAGCAGAAAGAGCAGAUCAGGAGAAUAAGCCCGUUCACUCUGGUAUUUUGUUUAUGUUUUCUUAAAGGCUCAGUUCAUGCAGAAAUGCACAUUUGCUCAUUCUCUAUAUUUAUGAUCCUAAAACAUGAAAAAAGAGGAAUUUUCUUUGCUGAACAAAAUGAAAAUAAACAGAUAUGAAGGACCAAAUAAUAGAUCUCACAUUCUCAAUGAAAACUCUAUUAAUUACUCAAUUACAUAUUUAAAAAACUAUUAUUUCUUACUUGGAGUUGGACACACUGAGGCUUUGUGCCGAAAUGUCUGUGUCUUUUAAUCACCCGUAAAAUGUAAGAAAAUAAAAACAGUACGAAGCAAUUGAGUGCAAAUUUUUUGAAUAAUAGCUUUAAUAGGAUUGACGCACCAAACCAAAGAAGUUCCUAAAAAGAACGCAACAAGCAGGGCAAACUUCAGUAACUUUACUUGGAGUUGACCCAAAAAUACCCCAAACUCCCAGAAUUCUUCAAAGUACUUUGUUCAAACAAAGAAAUUAAUAGAUUUUAAAGUCUUUUUGCGGAUAAAUUAUGGGUGAACUGACCCUUUCAGAAAUUCAUGCCUGUCUUGUGUCCGCGAAUGUUGCAGAACGUAUUCAUUUAGUUUUUUCAGCUUGUUUUAAUUAUUAUUUUUUCCAAGAAAAUAGAUGCCUGUUUUUUUUCUAGAAUAUGUGUAUAUAUAUAUAUAUAUACACAUGUAUGAGGAGUUGCAAAACCCUUUAAUUGGUGUCUGAAAUGUUCCUCUAAAAAUGAGCAUUUUUAUCAGGUUCCUGUGUGUAUGUUCAGUAAUAUCACUUUUAUGGCAAAGAUUAGGUCAUUUUCCUGGUCUUUAAAGUGAAAUACUCAACAUAAAAAAAGGAGGCUGAGAAAAAUGUUCAUUUUCAAUGGACAUUUCAGACUUCACAACAACGUUUUUGCAUCUGAACUCUUCAUAUGUAAUUAGUUUUGUUGUCUCAGCAGAUUUUGAUCUUUUAAGUAGAUCUAUUUUUUUUUUUACUAUUAUUCUUAGGAAAUUAUUAUUAUUAUUUUCAUAAAGAACACAAAGCCUGAUAUUGAAUUACAGUUUUUAUUAGGGGUUUAUUUGAGUUAAGCUCUAGUUGAAAAAUCAGAUUAAUUGUAAAGAGAAAAUAAAUAAAUAGACUCCUAAAUAAAAUCUGUAAUGUAAGGCUUUAUUCUGGCUUAAGGAGAGCGUAUUUAUCUUCCUCUCUGAUUACGUGUGUUUAGGACCGUGAUGCUGUGUGAUCUGACAGAAAACAAAUAAACAAACAAACACAGAGACUGAAUCUCUCUUAUCUGUGCUAAUGUUUCAUUCAGUGUUACUAAACCACAGACCUGAAGACUUGAGUUUAACGAGUUUUUAUUUUUAAUAUCUCUGUGCAGUGUUUGCAAGAGCCAAGCGUCACCUCUGAGUGAGGACUCAUUUUCCUCAACACCAGAAAAAUGCUUUAUUUAAAGGAGACCCAUUCUGCCUCCUUUACAAGCUGUAAAUGCGUCUCUGCUGUCUCUAGAUUGUGUAGUGAAGUUUGAGCUGAGAACAGCACACAGACUUUCAGGCUUUGAUCCUAAUUGUGGUGUUUUGGUGACUGUCGCUUUAAAUGCGAAUGAGAUUGUGCUCUUUUCAGAAGAGGGCGGAGCUACAGAUGCAUAUGCAUGAGCAUAGCGACAGAUGUGAAACAGCAGUGUGUGUGUGGUCAGUGCUGGUCAGGUGUGCAUGUGUGCUUCUGUCAGUCUAUGUUGCUGUUCAUCUAAAACUCCACAUCUAUAAUCCUCUGAGUCUAUGCUGACAUCAUCUUCAGCAGCUCAAACACUCUAAUGGCUAAUGGACAGACGGCUGCUUCUCACUCAGGGCUGUUGUUUAUGCUAAUGAGAAGGAGAGAUGGGCACUUGUGGGCGGGACUUUCCCCCUCUAAUGACAUGUACAGAGAGAAUAUUUCAUCAAGUCUGAUUCUAACAAACACAAUCUACUCAUGUUGAGCAUUAGAGGCUGGAGAUAUUCACACACUGCUGACACACACACACACCUCUUAUAAAAGUGUUGUUUGCCUAAUGGGUAACAAGUUAAAGCUGCAGAUGUGCGGUCAUCAUAUAGACGCUUGUUAUUCUUUUAAACUCAAUAAAGCAGAGCUCUGAACACA